AUGUCUGCCCCGGUGGAUCAUGACACAGACCAAAUCGCAGACAACGGGGAUACUCGCAUGAUAGAGAACGACACAGAAUCGCACGAUCCCCGCCCGCGGAAAAGACGGAAAUACAUCGCAAAGGCAUGGUGGGUCACGUUCAUCCUUCCCGGUAUUAACUGUCGAAAGCUCAAGUUCAUACUGAAACCACGAACUAUAGUAACGAGUGCAAGCGUCGGAAAAUCAAGUGUAAUGGUGAGACGCCAUGUCAAAGGUGCGGAAGGCAGCGGAUUGGAUGCGUGUACCAGGAGGGACAGCGACAAGAAAUCACCGCGAAUGAACAGUAAGCGCAGGUCCGUGGGGCGGAGAGAAGUUAGACUGAUGGAACCUAGCGGAUUCGAUCAAUUGUGCGAGCAGAUGAAAGCCAUGCAGGAGCAAAUCACUGCUUUGACGGCCGCCGUUCAUACACUUACUCAAGGUGCUGCUGCUCCGACGUCAUUCACGCGACCGGACCAGACCUGUUCGUCUGUCUCCUCGCAGAGGCAUUUUCGGCGUGUCUCAUCGGCGAAGGGUUUGACUUUUCAAGGUCCCACAACCUCCGCGUUUAGUUUUGAUAUUGCGAAAUCGAGUCUUCAGCGGCGUGGGAUCGUCGAGCGCAAUGAUGCUGGGGAGGACGGGGAUUUGACCCAGGAGCCGUCGCCUAUGCCGUCGCCGCCCUCACCGACCCAGGUGUUGCAUACACGACGGGGUGACCCUCUAUGGACUAUUGGAAAGGAUGAAGCCCUUAGAUUAUGCAGGUUACUCAACCAGGUUGAGAUUCUAUAUGGCCAGGUGGGAACAGAGGCCUGGUCGGAGGGGUCUGUACCGCAGAACGGUGAUACGAAGCUGGAUGGUUACGACGUACAUAUUCUCAGACUGGUUCUUGCGUGCGCAAUAACGGCCGAGGCAAGCGGAAACAGCGAUUUGGCUAUGCGGCUGUUUGAAGAUGUACAGGAGGUGGCAGAUAACUGUGUCUGGGGGCCUCCGGACAUCAGAGGUAUUAUAUUUCUGACGCUGGUGUCGAUUUUCUACUUUCAAAUGGACGAAGAAGCACUUGCCUGGAGGACGAUCGGUAUCGUGGAACGUAUGUGUCUGGAGAAAGGUCUUCACCGACGGGAAACAUUGGAACAGCCGGCUAUUCUGGCCGAAGGAAAGGAGCGUAUUCUACGAUUAUUCUGGUCCAUAUAUGUUCUGGACAUGCGCUGGAGCUUCGGGACGGGCAUGCCCUUUGCCUUGGAAGACACGGACAUUGACCCGUGGCUUCCAGAGCCCGAGGAAAAGACCCCCUACUUGCGGGUGAUGAUUCGGUAUAGUCGCAUUGCGGCAAAGGUCUGGAAGUUCAUAUCAGCUUUCAACAACACCAACGAGAUCAAGAAGGACGAGAUGAACUAUCUAGACUGGCAGGUCGUACGAUGGACUGCUGCAAUUCCUGAGUCCCUGCGUCUUGACCAGCCAUUGGAUCAGGUGCAACAAGAGCCACGGAGUAUCCGUCGACUGCGGUCUUUACUUUACCUGCGAGCCAACCAGCUGAGGAUGCUCAUCUAUCGACCGGUACUGUACUCAGCGGCUCAUAUGAUGCGUUAUCCAGCAGAAUCGCAAAUAAUCGUUGACCUUGCCAAAGAAACAAUCCAGUUCAUCACAAAACUCAACCAGACGUCAGAUAUUUACCGUCUCCAACAGGUCACAUUCAACUGGUUUCUCGUGUCAGCCCUUGCCGUUCUGUUCCUCGCCGUAUCGCACACACCUGCCCAAUUCAGUGCGCACUCUAGAGAGGAGUUCUACAUGGCUCUGGAACUAGUGAAAGGCUUCUCGCCGCGAUCAUAUGUAUCCCGGCGACUGUGGAGGUCAAUCAAGGGCCUUCGAAAACUGGGGCCUCAACUUGGGCUGCAGACCCACCAACAGCCCGAAGAGACGGCUCGUACCGCACUCGAGCCAGCCGCUGGUGCUGUAGCGGUGGACUCAAUGGAACAAGUGCCGGCACCUAGCACGCAGAGUCAUACAACACCCGACGGAGCUCAGAUGACACGGGAGCUGAUGGAAUGGUUCGAAGCAGUGGGUAAUAUUGAAGACCAGAUCAUGUCAGUGGGGACGGGGGUGCAGACCUACGAGGAACCGUGGCAGUAUGGAGCUCGCAUGGGGAAUGGCUACACGUUUGACUUUGGAGGUGAGCUGUCAAGCUUAAUGAAGGAUUGCUUCUGA